UCUGCGAGAAGCGACGCGAAACGGCGCGACGCCACGAGCAAAGCGACCAAACAACCAAAGCAACCCACGCAAAAGUUCAGUUUCUCAGUGUCGCUCAGUGUGAACGGGUUUCUCCGGGUCUGGUUAAAGCCAAAUAAAAACAAAUAACAGAAGAAAAAGAACUAUAUAUAUCGUAGAGCAAAGUGAUAAGGAUUUCCAGCUCAACUGCAGUCGAGUUACAAUAAAAAAUAUAAUCAUAAUAAAAUGUGGCGAAUGACGCAUCUCCUGCUGCUGGCACUCAGCCUUGGAUCUCUGUGGAUGUCAGCACACGCUGAGGAGAUGUCGAGCGACUAUGAGAAUGAGAACGAGAAUGACUAUGGGGAAGAUGAUUCAGCGCGCUCGCCUGGCAACUUGGCCAAGUCGACGGCGGCUCCACUGGUGCCCUUCUUCAACCAGAAGGCGGGCGUCGUGCACGUCGAUGCCAGUGCGAGCAAUGUGAAGAUCGACUGCCCAGUGAAGAACUACGAUGCCAAACACCAUGUGAUUCUCUGGUAUCGCGAGGAGACGCUGGUCGUGAACGGCAAUCAGUCGGUGAUCGACAUCUACAAGCUGGACAGCCCCUUCGUACUGCUUGCCCCCCUGGCCAAUGCAACGGGCCACAGCUUCCACUGUGAGGUGCUGCCGUCGGGUGUGCGGCGCGACAUCUCCGUCAAGUUGGCACCGACGCCACCAAGUCCUCCGCAGCCAAACGCGACGCCGGCUGGCCACAGCUCGGCGCCUCCAGCGCUCAGCUGGCCAACAGCUCUGAAAUGUCUCAUUCUCAGUAUACUUAUCCGUGCACAUUUCUAAGCCACAACAAAAUCCACACACAUUUAACUAAUGAAUGCACCACCGGCACCACCUUGUACUUUUUCAACUGGCAAAAGGACUUACUGAACAGCGCACAAUCAAGGACGAGCUUGUAUCCAAAAUAGUUCAAUCUGAGCAAAUCUCUCGCAUUAGCCAAUGCCUUGGUUCCAUUUCCUCCCCCCAUCAGGUGGAGCUUGAAUGGAUUGCUUCUCCACUUAGGUGUUGCUUUAUUAAUCUAGAUUAGCCAUAAGAGAUUAUAUAUAUAUAGUCUGUAUAUAUGCGCCUAUAUACAAAUGUUGAACGAAUCUGCUUUAUUAUAUAUAUAUACACACAAAUAUAUGUGAAAAUGCUUAUCAAUUAUAGGAUCAAUAGCUGCUAGACGAAAAACCAGAAAAAGUAUAUAGAAUUUACAAUUAACUAUGUUAUUAUUGAUCCGAUUCAGUUGCCUUAGCUAAGAGUUUGUUGUUUCCCUAU